CAAACAAUUCUUAGUGAGGGUCACUCGCUCACCUGGUUAUCUUCACCUGGUUACCCUCACCUGGUUACCCUCACCUGGUUACCCUCACCUGGUUACCCUCACCUUGUUACCCUCACCUGGUUACCUUCACCUGGUCACGUUUCCCUUCCAGAUGGCCAGCAUCCAUCUCCUCCUUGUGAUCCUCGCUCUGGUGGCGUCUGUGAGCGGGGAAACCUCCCUACCCCACUGUAAAAUUGACUGCAGCGGUUACAGUACUCAUCACCUGACAGCCGACCCUUUAGACCGACACAGAUUCUAUCUAUGCACGAGUAAAACAACGUGGUAUAAGGAGCCCAUCGACUGCGACACCGGUCUUGACUUCGAUAUUAAUUCUUACGAAUGUAUGGAUCCUAGUGACCCAAAGUACAAACCUACACCACCUUGUGACAAAUGUAGCUUUGACUGCGCGACCGUAGUGGACGGCAAACGCACGUUCCUAGCAAACUGUCACUAUUAUAUAGCUUGUAUUGGCGGCGUAGACGGAGACGUGAAAGCAUGUAGCGAAAGCACUCCAUAUUUCGAUGGCAUAACUUGUCAAGCAAAUGCAAGUAAUUGUUGUACAUGUCAGCCACAUUGCACUAACGAAGAUAUAAUUAAUAAUAAUUUUCUUCCUGAUAAAUUCAACUGCACGAAUUUCUACCUUUGUAUCGCCAGUGGAAUGAUUCACUCCGUCUGUGAUGAAGGUAAUUUUGAUGAGGAGCAUCAAGAGUGUAGGGUAGGUUCCCCCUGUAAGGAAGAGUGCAAGAACGACGGCUGUGUAGAAACACUUCUAUGUAAACAGAUUGGCAUUUUCCCGAAGUGUGCUAAAAGUUGUAGCCCACACUACUUCAUAUGCUACGAAUCUCAACUCGGCAAGGAAGCACUGAUCUUGAACUGCCUGGACGGUAACGUCUUGAACCCAAAGACUAUGACCUGCAUCAAACCGGAAGACUGCCCGUUCUAGCUUCAGUAUUGAUCGUCUCUCCCACCAUAACCAUGUUUGAUCGAUGAUACUGAUUAAUAUGUUUGUUAGAGCAGUUAACAAAGGCUUGUGUGUCAGAAUAGUUUCAGUCAUGAUCAUGGUGCAUUACUGGGUAUUUAUGUGUAGACAACGCCAUUAUGUUCCUGCCAUCAGAAAUUUUACACGUAUAUAUGUGAGUACAUAGAUGGUGUUAUUUCUUGUUUUCCUCAAAUUUACUGAAGGUUUCUGUUAUCGUGUGAUUGGUACAUAUAGCUAUGUGUUUACAUACUGCUAAUAUAUUAAGAUGUGUGCUGUAUAUCCUUUUUGUAUCAGUCACCGUUGCAGGAGCGGUUUUUUUUAUGAACAGAAAGGUGAUAUAAAGAUGUAUGUCCUUUGAAAUUAGUUAAUUUUUGUGCAUUGGAUGUGAAUUAUAUUGGUUCAAUGUAAUUUCUAAUAUUUUGUAAUCAUAUUAUAUUUUAUACUUAUAGAAAGAAAUUUUGAGUUAAUGUUCUAAUUGUAAAAGAUGUAUUGUUUGUUGAUUAUGUUUAGAAGUUGCCGUCCUCCAAGAGCGAAUACAGGGUGUGGAUAUGAGGCCAGGAAAGAGGUUGUAAUCUUGUUUCAUCCAUUGUAUAUCCAACAUUUUUUAUAUUAAUUUACUCAUCAGCAUUUGGGGUGAAUACUAAGUGAUACUGCUGUGAACAGAGGAAGAGCCAUAUUAUGGGAUUAAAAUAGAUUAAUUACUAAAUCAGUUGGGACACAAGGCUAUGCAGUGUCAAUGUCUGUACUCUUGUUUUACUGUAAAUAUAAUAAGUGUUCAUUCUUA